UUUGCCUUUUUGCUUUGCUCUGCUGCAGGCUAACAGCCAUGUCGACACUGCUGGAGAUAAAAAGCAGCAUGCUGAAGCAGGUGCAGAAUAGACAGUCCUUUCAUCAUAAAACCACAGUGGCAACAGCCAGCAUCUCUGCACAGGAGAUUAGUGAAAUGACAAGUGCUGUCAGGAAGGAUACAGAAGAUGAAGAUUUUUUUGAAAGACUGAAAAGAGUCCUGAAAAAAGAAUCUAGGCUGCAUUCUGGACAAUUUGAGGGUGUUUUGAACAGCAGCACUCCACCUCCUCCUGAGACUGUUAGACAAAGUCAUGCUGUGGAGGAGAUGAAGCCAACAAAGGAGGAGGUAGAAAUGCUGUAUGAAGAAGCUUUAUACACUGUGGUUUAUAGAUCAGGAGUAGUAUCAUCGGAACAUACUGCCAACGAAGAUAAACUCUUUGAGUAUCUGCAAAAGGUAAGGGAAUAUUCCUGACUCAUAUUCCUGUCA